UUGCCAAAGCUUAUACCUAAUUCCAAAAAUCGUAGUGUCUAUAUUGAAGUUCAGAAGGAUCGUCGUCCUCGCGGAUCGGACUUCAUCUUACAAGAUGUUGAUGUUGACGAUGAGGAACAAGACGAGGACGAUUGGGAUGAUGAAGAAGACCGUGCUCUCGAACCAAACGAAAAGGAAGAGGUUGGUUGUACUUCUAAUAAAUUCAGGAAUAUGAAUGAGGACGAGAUUGGUCGAUACUUCGAAAAUAAAUACAAAACACAGCCUAUAAGAGAUCUCGUUGAGGAAGAUUCUGCCUUAGAUGACAUUUCUCAACAUGGUCUUCUACCAUCAACGAAAGAUCCAAACUUGUGGAUUGUGAAAUGCAGGAUGGGCGAAGAAAAGCUGGUUGCUUUGCAGCUAAUGCGGAAAUAUUUAGCUUUUGAAAAUACAAAUGAGCCUUUGCAAAUCAAAUCCAUCGUAGUAAAAGAAGGUCUAAAAGGCAUAAUUUAUAUCGAAGCCUUCAAGCAGUCGCACGUUGCUAGUGCUAUUAAUGGCGUUUCCGCGUUGAAUCCAUUCAAUGUCACGAUGGUACCUAUCAAAGAAAUGGUUGAUACUCUACGUGUGGUUAAAGAUGUUCCGGCUUUAAAAGUCAACUCAUAUGUUCGGCUCAAACGUACAAUGUAUAAAGACGAUCUUGCUCAGGUGGACUGGGUAGACGUGGCACAGAGUAAGGUCAACCUACGUAUUGUUCCCAGGAUCGAUUACACAAGAAUGAGAGGAGCUCUACGAACUGACGCCGAUCGCAAUCAUAAGGUUAAACGCCGUCCUAUGCCUCGCCUUUUCGAUCUGGAUAGAAUCAAAGAGAUUGGAGGAGAAGUUACUAACGACGGCGAUUUUGUCAUUUUUGAGGGAAAUAGCUACAGGCGCGGUUUCCUCUAUAAAUCAUUCCCUAUGAAUGCUAUAAUUGCAGAAGGUGUGAAGCCCACCCUAGCUGAACUGGAGCGCUUCCAGGAUACUAGCGAGGAUCUCAAGAAAGAGUUGGAAUCCACAACUGUCAAAGACAAUACUCAUUUCUUCGCUCCUGGUGAUAAUGUGGAAGUAACUGAAGGAGAGUUAGUGAACCUCCGCGGUAAAGUGGUUAGCGUCGAUGGACCUAAGGUCGUUAUGCUGCCCGAUCAUGAAGACUUGAAGGAGCCACUAACACUGAACAUAUCUGAAUUGCGUAAAUAUUUCCGCCCCGGUGAUCACGUCAAAAUGAUUUCUGGUCGCUAUGAAGGAGAUACUGGACUAAUUGUUCGUGUAGAGCAUAAUCUUGUUGUCGUGCUCAGUGACCUCAGUAUGGACGAGAUGAAAGCGCGACCCCGAGAUGUACAACUUUGUGCCGAUAUAACCACUGGAGUCGAUUCUCUGGGACAGUUCCAGUUCCAUGAUCUUGUCCAGCUCGACCAACAAAAUGUUGGCGUCAUUGUGCGCCUUGAAAAGGAAACGAUGGAGGUUCUCAAUCAACACGGGAAGGUUCUCCGUGUGAAACCGCAAUCAAUCCAGGGCAAAAAAGACACACGCCAUUCACAAGCUUUGGAUAAUCAACAAAAUCCUAUUCAGUGCAAGGACAUGGUGAAAAUCAUCGAUGGCCCUUUUGCAAAGAAGAACGAAGAAGAAAAGCAGGGUGAGAUCAAGCACGUUUAUCGCUCAUGGGUGUUCGUUUUCUCGAGGAAGCACACAGAAAAUGGUGGCAUGCUGGUGUGCAAAGCUCGGCAUCUCUUGCUAAUUGGUGCUCGUGCUAACAGCGACAUGCCAUCAAUGAACCGUCUUAGUAUGACAAGCCCUAAUCCCUUUGCGUCUCCCCGUCAUAAUGGCAGUGCCACCCCUGCUCAUUCAAGUUCUCAGAGUGUGAGUGGGUACAGUGCUGGUGGAAAAACUCCGACCGGUUUUGGUGGACCUGGUAUGGGGACUGGUGCAAACAAGGUAAGGAGAGACAAUGCUAUAAUUGGAAAGAGUGUGCGGAUCACGCAAGGACCCCUCAAGGGGUAUUUCGGGAUCGUCAAGGAUGCCACUGAGCAAACUGUCAGAGUCGAAUUGCAUACGCAAUGCAAGACUAUUUCCGUAGAUAGAUCACGAAUUGCGUGCGUAGGAGACGGCACACCUGGUGGAUCCAUAACGAAUAUGGCCCAGUUUGCGAAAACUCCAUUCCCUGGCGACGAUGGUCGAACACCCAUGUAUGCUGGAAGCAAAACUCCAAUGUACGGAUCUGGUGCCAAAACACCUAUGUAUGGUCUGGAUGAUGGUACAUUUGUAAUUGCAGGAGGAAGAACACCAUUUGGCUCACAUACUCCCGCGUAUGACAAUUCGAGAACACCUGUCGGUGGUCGUACUCCUGCUUACGAUGGUGGGCGAACUCCUGCUUACGAAGGUGGACGAACACCGGCUUACGAUAGUGGACGUACACCAAUGUAUGAUAGUGGUCGGACCCCAACUUAUGAUGCUAACAGAACGCCUGCUUACGACGGGGGAAGGACACCAUCCUAUGAAAGCGGCCGAACUCCUGCAUAUGAUAGUGGGCGUACUCCUGCAUACGAAGGAGGGAGGACGCCAGCUUACGAUGAGCCGGCUGCUGCUUCGGCUUCUCGAAGAGGCGAUAGCAGUGACGAAGAGGAUAAUGAACCACAGUAUGAAGCGCCAGCUUCUCCAUCAUAUAGUGUGCCAACUCCUGGAACCAACUUGAAUCCACAAACUCCUGGCUUCGCUCCAGAAACUCCAAUGGGUAAUUAUAAUCCAAUGACACCAGGCGGAAUGUACGAUUAUUCGGCUCCAUCUCCAUAUGUACGUAAUUCCUAUGAGUCGUACGGAGGGCAGAAGAUUCCUGCACACUUCCUGGAAGGAGGUGAGUGGGUUAUGGAAGAUCUCUUCGUCACAAUCAAGAGCAAUCACGAUGAAGAUCGAUUCCAAGAUCGCGAAGCAAUUGUCACCAGUGACGGCAGGUGUCAAGUUUAUAUCCCAGACCUGAAGUGCUCAGCUACGGCUGAUUUCGAUCAAAUUGAGCCGCUCAAACCUCAGGAGGGAGACUAUACACGAGUCAUCUAUGGUGAUGAACUUGGUGUAAUGGGACAACUGAUAUCAGUGGAUGAAGCCGACUGCGUGAUCAAAGUCGGCGCGGACGAUAUGCGGUUAAGUCCGCUGGAGUUCUGUUGUAAAUUCAGCAAGCGAUAG